CGCCGCAAAGGUCUGCACAUCCACUACCGAACCGCUGCUAUACCAAGACUCAUAGUUACUCUAGGCGACCGCAAGUAUGCUUUUGGAAGAUCAGCGCCAACUCCACGAGGACCUCGAGCGCCUCGAGGAUGCCGCUGCCGAGCGACUCCUCGAAGACCCCCCGCAUAUUCGCGAUCGCCUCGCACGUGACCACGACAUUGCGCGAUUCCUGGAGCAGAUCGAGAGCCAGUCGAGCCGUCUACUGAGGAUCUACCAGGAUGAGGACAGCAAGAAGGAGGACGAGGUGCGCGGUCUCACCCACGGCGACCCCAUGGAAUCCUUCAUGAAGGAGAUCGCCUCCAUCAAAGACUUCCACAACCGCUAUCCGAACGAGCCUGUUGAGAACCUGGAGAAGGCCUACAAGAAACGCUCACCCGAAGACCACACGGCAUCGAUCGCAGCCAUCGACUCCAUGUUCACCGGCGAGGAGGGUUUUGGUCGCUUCUUCGACCUGACGACUCUGCACGAGCAGUACCUGAACCUUCCCGUUCAGCAGAACGCGCGUCGCCUGACCUAUCUGGAGUACCUCGAUAAGUUCGACAUCUUCACCCCUCCACAAUGCAACAUUCGGCGCGAGCAGAAGAAAUCAGAGGCCUACUUCCAUUACCUCAAGGCUCUACAAGAUUACCUCGAGAGCUUCAUGCGAAGAACGAAGCCGCUAGAGAACCUGGAUAAGCUCUUCACCAGCUUCGAUAAAGAGUUCGAGGAGGCAUGGGAAAAAGACGCAGUUCCGGGCUGGGAGAAGAAAUCCACGGCGUCUGCGCCAGUCAACGGAGAAGCGCAGGGAGAGGGCAUCUGGUGCUCAGCUUGCAAGAAAGGCUUCUCGAAAGAGACCGUUUACGAAGCACACUUGUCAGGCAAGAAACACAAGAAGGCGUUACAAGAGAGCCAGAACGGCGCUCAGGAUGCUGAAAAGCAGUCGAAUGGUGCUUCCUCAGACUUGCAACGCUUCAAGGAGCGUGCAGUCGCCGAGCGCGAGUUCAGAAUACGGAAACUCGCUGCAGCCAUGCAGACGGAACGCGGCGAUACCAAGGUCAACGUCGAGCGGAAGCAGGGUAUGACCGAGCGCGAGCGACAACAAGAGCUAGAGCAGCUAUACGCAGAGCAACCCGAGAACGGCGGGAAAGAGGAGGACAACGAGUCCGACAGCGAAGACAAGAUCUACAACCCGCUCAAGCUACCACUCGCCUGGGACGGCAAGCCCAUUCCCUUCUGGCUGUACAAGCUCCACGGCCUGGGCGUCGAAUUCCCUUGCGAGAUCUGCGGAAACUUCGUAUACAUGGGCAGGCGCGCAUUCGACAAGCACUUCAACGAGCCCCGCCAUAUCCAUGGUCUCAAGUGUCUCGGCAUCACCAACACUACCCUCUUCCGAGAGAUUACAAGCAUACAGGAGGCUGAGGAGCUGUGGCGCAAGAUCCAGAAGGACCAGAAGAAACAGAAGCUGCUUGCUGAGAACGUGGUCGAGAUGGAGGACAACGAAGGCAACGUUAUGCCUGAGAAGGUCUACCGUGACUUGGCUGCCGCGGGCAUGUUGUGAGCGAUCACGUUGCUUCGGCAUGAACGUCCAUAACACCAUGUCCUUCUUCAAUAGAGGAAAGCCUCCCGUGCCAGUUCCACUCGGCGGCUGCUUUGACACGGGCAUCUUUGAGCACACAACGGCACAAGAUGGUGAACUUGGAGAGGAUUGAAGACCUUCACAAUGAGUCUUACAGCGUUGCUUUUGCUCUAUCGGUACGAUCACGUUUCUUCGCUGCUUUUCAUGGCAUGCAUCCUUUUGAAAUCUGGCGUCUGCUUUUCCUCUUUGAAGAGCUAACAAGCCAGAAAAAAUUGCAUGGUUGGCGUUAUGGAGUUGCACCUAGGUGAAGAGUUCUUCGUACGGAUGAGACUGUACAUGAACUAUGUGUAAAUUAAGAUACCUGGAAAGAUAGUAAUGACGAAAGAAACAUACUGCAGUUGCAGCUUCGCUAUGCCA